UAAGAAGAAAGGGAGAGCAAAAGAAAAUGGAUCCUAUUGCACAACUCAUUUCGACUUUGCUGUUGUUCAGCUUGUGGAAUCUUGGAUUAUCAGCUAGCAACCAUAAUUGUGAGGAGCCAUUGGUAUUCUCGUUACCCAUGGCAGCCUUUGACAGCUCCUCCGAGCUCUCCAGCAAUCAUAGACCCAGCUUUGCAAAUCUCAACAGACGGGACGGAGCUGGUGGAUGGUCCCCAAUGGAUUCUAGCACAGAGCAAUGGCUUCAGAUUGAUUUGGGAGACAGAGUGGAGAUUACAGGUGUUGCUACUCAAGGAAGAUAUGGAAGCUCAGACUGGACAACAACCUACAUUCUAAUGUUCAGUGAUACAGGCCGCAACUGGAAGCAGUAUAGAGAGGAAGACAUCAUCUGGGUCUUUCCAGGAAACUCCAAUGCAGACGGUGUAAUACAGCACAAAUUGCUGCACUCGGUGAAGGCUCGCUUUGUGCGCUUUGUUCCUCUCAAGUGGAAUGUUGGUGGGAAAAUAGGCCUACGGGUUGAGGUUUUUGGAUGCUCAUACAAAUCAGAUAUUGCUGACUUCGAUGGGAGAAGCUCCCUCCUCUACAGAUUUAACCAAAAACAGAUGAGCACCUUUAAAGAUGUUAUUUCCCUGAAGUUCAAGAGUAUGCAAGGAGAUGGGGUCUUGUUCCAUGGAGAAGGUCAGCGUGGAGAUUAUAUAACACUGGAACUUCAGAAAGGGAAGCUGGCAUUACACCUCAACUUGGGAGAUGCUAAGCUGCGUUUCAGUAACAGCCACACUUCAGUCACCUUGGGCAGCCUCCUUGAUGACCAGCACUGGCAUUCGGUUCUCAUUGAGCGAUUCAAUAAACAAGUGAACUUUACAGUGGACAAGCAUACACAGCAUUUCCGGACUAAGGGAGACUCAGAUGACUUGGACAUUGAUUAUGAGCUCAGUUUUGGAGGAAUUCCAGUCCCAGGAAAACCAGGAACUUUUCUGAAGAAGAAUUUCCACGGCUGCAUUGAGAACCUUUAUUACAAUGGGGUCAACAUCGUUGACCUAGCCAAAAGACGGAAGCCCCAGAUCUAUGUAGUGGGCAAUGUGACUUUUGCCUGCUCAGAGCCACAAAUCACUCCCAUCACCUUUGACAAUUCCAACAGCAGUUACCUGCUCUUACCAGGCACCCCACAACUUGAUGGAUUGUCAGUAAGUUUCCAGUUUCGAACAUGGAACAAGGAUGGCUUGCUCCUGUCCACAGAGCUGUCACGAGAUUCAGGUUCUCUCCUCGUAUACCUCCAUCAUGGUCGGCUGUCACUUAUCAUCCAGAAAGGGGCAGAGAAAUAUGUGGCAAUCAAUGCAGGCAGCAAUCUAGAUGAUGGCCUAUGGCAUUCAGUUACCAUCAAUGCUAGAAGAUACCACAUCACCCUAACUCUAGAUAAUGAUGUAGCAUCGGCUAUUCAUGCAACCACUGUCUCACAGAUUAAUUCUGGGAACAGCUACUAUUUUGGAGGGUGCCCUGACAAUUUCACCAAUUUGAAAUGUUUAAAUCCCGUUACGGCUUUUCGAGGCUGCAUGAGGCUCAUCUUUAUUGAUAACCAGCCCAAGGACCUCAUUUUAGUUCAGCAAGGCUCCCUGGGGAAUUUUAGUGAUUUGCGAAUUGAUCUCUGUAGCAUCAAAGACAGGUGUUUGCCAAACUACUGUGAACAUGGAGGAAAAUGUUCCCAGUCCUGGACGACAUUCUAUUGUGAUUGUAGUGAAACUGAUUACACGGGAACAACCUGUCAUAACUCUAUUUAUGAGAGAUCAUGUGAAGCUUACAGGCAACAAGGAAAGAUUUCUGGUUUCUUCCACAUUGAUUCUGAUGCAAGUGGUUCGCUUGCACCACUUCUGGUCUACUGCAAUAUAACAGAAGACAAGAUCUGGACUGUGAUCCAACACAACAACACUGGACUGACUCAAGUCCAUGGGGCUGAUGCAGGGAAGCCAUACACCCUGAACUUCAACUACAACAGCAGCAUGGAGCAGCUGGAGGCAAUGAUAAAUAGUGCUGAAUACUGUGAACAAGAGGCAGCUUACCACUGCAAAAAGUCACGUCUGCUCAACACACCGAGUGGAAUGCCAUUUGUUUGGUGGGUUGGUCGUGCCAACAAAAAACAUCCUUACUGGGGAGGAUCCCCUCCAGGAGUCCAGCAAUGUGCCUGUGGAUUGGAAGAAAGCUGUCUGGAUCUGAGAUAUUUUUGUAACUGUGAUGCAGAUAAAGAAGAAUGGGCCAAUGAUACCGGCUUCCUUUCCUUCAAAGACCACUUACCUGUGAACCAGAUAGUUGUCACCGACACAAACAGACCUAAUUCUGAAGCUGCACUGAAAAUUGGUCCUUUGCGUUGCUAUGGAGAUAGACAGUUCUGGAAUGCAGCUUCUUUCAACACCGAGGCUUCCUAUCUUCACUUCCCUACUUUCCAUAUGGAGUUCAGUGCAGACAUUUCCCUUUUCUUCAAAACCAAUGUUACAUCUGGGGUCAUCUUAGAGAAUCUUGGGAUGAAAGACGUCAUCAGAAUUGAAAUAAGCUCUCCUAAAGAGAUCACCUUCACCGUAGAUGUUGGAAAUGGCCCAGUAGAAGUCACGAUCCAGUCCCCAGUGCCCCUGAAUGACAACCGGUGGCAUUAUUUACAUGCUGAGAGGAAUCUCAAGGAAACAUCUCUACUAGUGGACAACUUUCCAAAGAAGAUCCUGGAGGCAUCAUCUGAAGGACAUUUCCGAUUACAGCUCAACAAUCAAUUAUUUGUAGGGGGAACAGCUUCAAGACAGAAAGGGUUUGUGGGAUGUAUCCGUGCUCUCCAUCUAAACGGGCAGAAACUUGAUUUGGAAGAGAGGGCUAAAGUGACCCCUGGUGUGAAACCUGGAUGCCCUGGACACUGCAGCAGUUACAGCAGCCUCUGCCACAAUGGAGGCAAAUGCAUGGAGAAAAAUAAUGGCAUCUUAUGUGACUGCACCAGUUCUCCAUAUGAAGGACCAUUCUGCAGAAAAGAAGUCUCUGCAGUUUUUGAAGCUGGCACCUCCAUUACCUAUAAUUUUCAGGACCCUUAUCCUGUGAGCAAAAAUGCAAGCUCUUCAUCCUCUGCCAUUUAUGCAGACACCUCUAUGGCCAAGGAAAACAUCGCUUUUACAUUCCUGACAGCACAUGCUCCCAGUCUGCUUUUUUAUGUCAACUCUUCCACUCAUGACUAUUUGGCUGUGAUUCUCUCCAAGAAUGGAAGCCUACAAGUCCGUUACAGGGUGAUUAAGGACAGAUCUCUUAUUUUCACCAUUGAUUCUGGAAACUUUGCUAACCAAGAGCUUCACCAUGUGAAGAUCAAUAGAAACGGAAGAGAGCUAACCAUUCAGAUUGACCAGGUUCUCAAAGUCAAACACAACUUCUCUUUAGAGACUGACUUCAGAGCCAUCAAAUCUUUGACCUUGGGAAAAGUCACAGAGAGUCAGGGACUAGAUCCAGAAGUUUCAAAGGCAAACUUGUUUGGAUUUGUCGGAUGCAUUUCUUCUGUCCAGUACAACCACGUAGCUCCUCUGAAAGCUGCCUUGCGACAUCCCAAUAUAGCCCCAGUGACAGUCCUGGGUUCCUUGAUAGAAUCAAACUGCAUGUCUUCAGUUGAAGCUGAUGUGAAUACAGCAACUACAAUAUACUCUUCAUCAGAUCCAUUUGGGAAGGCAGAUGAGAAAGAGCCACUUACGAAUGCUGUCAGGAGUGAUUCAGCUGUCAUUGGAGGUGUUAUAGCAGUUGUGAUCUUCAUCAUCUUUUGCAUUGUGGCCAUUAUGAGCAGAGUUUUUUACCAGCACAAGCAGACACAUCGGAGCAGCCAGACGAAAGAAAAGGAAUAUCCAGAGCACCCUGACAGUUCUUUUAAGACUGAUGUUGACUUGCGGAACACAGUGACCGAGUGCAAACGAGAAUACUUCAUCUAAUGGACCCUGGAGCUCCUUGCUACACUUUAGCAUUUUUUUUAUUAUGAUGAUGGUGAUUGUUUUAUUGCCCAUCCAUUUCCUGGGAAUUUCCCCACCUCUUUGGAAAGAACCCACUUUGCAUAGAAGAGAUCAGCAGCAAUACAAUGCCUCAUUCUCUUCACCAAAACUCACCACAGUUAAUGCCUAACAGUUAAAGCAACUGUGUGUCCUACCUAAGUUCCACAUAACAUGCAUGGUUGACUGUUCCUUUCUGGAUUUUGUCAAGCAUUGCUUUCUGGAUCCAUUUACUUCACCAUUCCAUGUCGGACCUGAGUGAUAUAUACUAGAGGUAACGUGUGCAAGCUAACUCUGUAGCAUCACAGCUAUUGCAACAAAGUAG